UAAAAAGCAAACUGGUGGAGUUAAUCCUAUUUUUAGAAGUCAACAAAGGUACUGACUAAUCACUUGCUCUGUGGUGGACUUGAACCUUUCUUCACUAUCACCACUCGAGUGAACUUUGAACUUGGACGUGCCUCACAGUCUUUCGUUGAAAGAUGUGCUGACAUUAAGGAGGAACAAUGGAGGAAGAAAGCGACUCUUCCCACUCUUCCGAGAAGAUGAGGGAAAACAUGUUCCAGGAGGGUCUGUACCAAGUUUACAUGAAGGCCCCUCGAGCCUCCAGCCGACUACUGACAUGCGUCACCAACCAGGAGGAGCUGGACAAUGUGAGGAUUCAUCGCUGGUUCUCCUCGGUGGUGAACACCAGACUCCUCAUCAGCGGGGUGGUACAGCUCAUCAGCGCCGUAACUUGCAUACUGACCACUGUGUCUCACGCAUGUGUUAGCUAUGAUUGCUCUGUUGCCAUGACAACGCCAGUGUGGUCCAGCCUCCUUUAUGUGGCGACUGGCUGUAUGGCGAUAUACGUUCAGAGGAAGGCCAAUAAAAUUAAGGCAAAUCAUCAUUCUUCUGGGUGUUAACUUCCUUAGCCUGUUGACUGGAUUUUCCCUGCUGUUAGCUUACUGCCUCGCGUCUCAGAAGUCAGUCGCACUAAACACCAAACAACAGCCACCUGCUGUCCAUCCUCUCGUCAGCUCGCUGGAUCCUACGUGGCCAAGUGGAGCUCCAUUGUGUUGACAGUGCAGUGUUUGCUGCUAUCACUAUACGUACUUCUACUGUCAUGGCGGGGCCUGUGGCGCUACGGUCCUCUACAUGUUCCAGCAUACAGCCGAGUAGCACAGGACCCAGAUGAUACUACCGGGCCUUUACUGGAGCAAGUGGACUCCGUAUGAAAUGUAAUGACCUCUAUAUAUGUGUGUAUAUUUAUCACAAGUAACAGUGCUAGCUAGGAUUCUAACAGAUUCUCUGCUGUAAUUCCCCCCAAACACCACAAGAGGGCACUAUUAUGUAGUCAAUUUUAUCAUAUUACUAUGGGACUUUGGUCAGUUCUAUUUAGUUCUUGUUAUACCAUAUGUUUUUGACUUUUUGCAAAAAAUAUAGAAAUUAUUAAAACAAAAGUAAGUAAUAAUGAUAUGAAUGAGCUCCAAUUUGUAAAAUAGAACAGGUAUAAGAGAAUAGUAUCCACUUUCUAACCACUUAUCCUGUUCAGGGUGGAAGGAGACUGUAAUGUUGAUAUAUUACACUAAAUGUGUCUUAUUUUUAUAAUGAUUAUUUAUGUAUUUAUAUUAAUAAUCUCUUACAAUGAAAUUAAAUAUAUUUAAAAAUUAAAUAGCACUCAUGUGAUGUUUUUUUUUUACUAUAGCAAAU